ACAUUAUUUCUAAUAUUAUUAUUGUCAUAGGAGAUGUUCUACAUCAGACUCAUUGUCACUAAUGCUAAAAUAUAUGUCCUCUGUUUUAAAAGAUAAAAAUUGCAAAAAUAAAUAAAUUUUGAAAAGAUACAUGUUUUUACAUUGAAUAUAUAACUUUUAUUAGCUAAUAAUUAUAAAUUGUAAAUUGCAAACAAAUAAUUAUAGUUAUUCAAAUACUAUUGGUUUAACAUUAUGAAAAAAUAGCUGAACAUAAAAAUAGUACAUUUAUAAUAAACUUUUAAUAUAGUUUAUUAUUAUGUAUGAAACACAAAAGCAUUCAUUAUUUUGAAACAGAUAAAGAGUACAAAACAACAUCUUCCUUACAUUUCAUAAUAAGUUUGAAUUCCACUUUUUCUUUUCUACAUUUCAUUCAGGAGUAUAGAACCUUGUUAUUUAGGCAAAGGUUCGCUAAUAGAAAUGACUUUCCCUGAUGUUUUAUCAUUUUUGUUUCGUAAAAUGUGGUUUGUAUUCUAGCACACAGAUUUUUACAACAAAGUUUUAAUUUCUCUAUUACUUUAACAUAUUAACUAGAGAUAUAAAAUUGUGCAAUGCACUAAUAAAAUACAGUCAAAUUUCUAAUACUUUUCUUAGUAUGUAUGGAAAUAACUUACCAUGAACAUGUUGACUAAUAUUUUAGUUCGGAACACUGAAUUUUGGAUAGCAAAGUGCUUAUAGCAUACUUUUGAUGCAAUUGCGUAGGACUUUAUAAUAUAUCAUGGUCCUUAUAAACCUUAAAAUUGAGGACCAUGAUAUAUUAUUGGGUAUGUGUUAAUUUAUAUUGUUUCGCUUCCCAAAUGCUACCCAUAAGCUGAAAAUGUUUUCUUAAAUAAUUGUCUUAGCAUAAAACUCUUCUACAUUAAAGUGAGUACAUAUUAUAUAUCUUAAUUUACAUUUUAAACAUUAUAAAAAUUAGUUAUAUUUUUUUUUUAAUUUGAGCAGUCUAGGUCGAGAUCUCUGAAAAUGGCUCUGAUGUAUUAUCUAUCUAUACAUAUUUUUUUAACAAAUUUUUUUUAUGUGAGUGAUUGUGGUGAGUUAUGUUGGCUCAUCGCUAAACGUUACACGAGAAAUUUAUAUAUAGGAAUCUUAUUUCGGGAAUUUUCCAUAAUGAAAAUUAGAAGGUUAUAACUUCGAAACUGGAAGGUUUUAAAUAAGAUGAGUAUAAAAAAAUUGCGAAUUUUAUGGGUGGCCAAACAAAACUAAUUAACGAACUCAAUACCAUUCGCUGACCAUCAAAACAAGGUUGCUAUUUUUACGUACAUGUAAGCUAUAGAUUCUUUAAGAAAUGAACACAGUAAAAUAUAGUUUGAUCUAAAUCAAAUUACGUUGAGGGAAAAUUAAUCGUUUAACAUGGCAAAAAUCUCAUUUGUAAUUCUCGUUGUGGCCCUCAUUGUCUUUCUACGUGUCUCUGAGGCUCAAUCUUCGAAAGAUCGCGACGAAAAAAAAAUUGAAAAUGACCUGCAUGAAGCAAAGGACUUGAUCGAAGAGGACUUGAAGGAAAAGGAAAAGAACAUCAAGAGCUUGGAAGACGAGGUGAAUAUGUUAACCAAAUCUGAGAAGAUGUUGAAUGACAUCGGAGAAGCUCACAAAAAAGGUGAGAGUCUAGAACCUUACGGGAAAAAGCUCAAGAAAUUCAACAGGAAGGUCAAGCAGGCACCAAAGUCAAAGAGAGGAUCCGUAGUUCAAAACAUUUUGAAGGAUUUGGGAUUAAACGGAGGGAGAAACUGAAACAAUAACUAGGGUUUGAUGGAUGUUUUGAUGCGUUUAGGAAGUUUCAAAUUGGCUUUGCAAAUGAGAUGAGCAAAUAUCUUUCCCAUUAUAUAUAUUUAUUUAACUACAUCAACUGAAUAAUAAAUCAAUUGUAAUACAAUUUAAUGUAUUACUUAUAUUAUCUAUCUUUGUGCUACUAUUUUGUAAAUUUUUUUAAAUAUAUUUUGUUAAUAAUUAGUUAUUAAUA